AGUUCGACAUAGAAUUUGAAUUAAGAGUAUUGUGUUGCAAGUGCUCGCAAGAGAACUAAUAACGAGUUUCACUCACUGCGUUUACCUAUUACGCGUUUACUAGUUUAUUUAUUAUAAGAAAGAAGAAAAUGUCCCUACUACCAUUUGUGUUCGGCUACGAAUCGCCACGCUACUACCAUCACAGCUGGCCUAGCCGCCUGAUCGAUCAAAAUUUCGGCUUGGCGUUGACACCGGACGAAAUGCUCACGGCUGUGGCGUGUCCGUUGCUGUCCACAGACUACUACAGACCCUGGAGACAGCUGGCGGCGGCGGCGCGGGACAUCGGCUCGAACAUCAAGGCCGACAAGGACAAGUUGCAGAUCAACUUGGACGUGCAGCAUUUCUCGCCUGAGGAGAUCUCGGUGAAGACGGCGGACGGGUUCGUGGUGGUGGAAGGCAAGCAUGAGGAGAAGAAGGACGAGCACGGCUACAUCUCUCGGCAGUUCGUGCGGCGGUACGCGCUGCCGGAGGGCGCGGCGCCGGAGACUGUGGAGUCGCGGCUGUCGUCCGACGGCGUGCUGACCAUCACCGCGCCGCUGAAGGUGCCCGACGCGGUCAAGGGUGAGCGCAAAGUGCCCAUCGCUCAAACGGGACCCGUGCGCAAGGAGAUCAAGGAUCAGAGCGGAAAGGAGAAAGGGAAUAAAUAAUUUUCACUAGGUAUUUUAAAAGUUUAUUUUCAGACUGAUACUGUGAUCUCCUAGGUUUAAUUUACUUGCUUGUAAUUUUUUUUUUAUUUGAAAUAAAGUACAAUAAUUACCGUGUA